AUGGCAGCCACAUCAAGCCUUCCUCCUAUUCGAGCAUGUUUGUUCGACAUGGACGGUCUGCUCCUUAACACCGAGGACUUGUAUACUCUCUGUACCAACAAAAUCUUGAGCCAGUAUGGACGAGAACCACUCCCAUGGUACAUCAAGGCCAAGAUGAUGGGGCGCCCCGGACCGGCCGCGUCAGCUAUUUUCCAUGAUUGGGCUCAACUGCCCAUCUCUGCUGAGGAAUUUGGUUCGCAGCUCUCUGAGCUCCACAAUCAAUACUUUCCGCUUGCCGAGCCUCUUCCCGGAGUCGUCAACCUGCUGUCCAAUCUGGGACGAACACAGUUGUGGAAGAAGCCCAUCAAUGGAGAAAAAGGAGAAGGAGAAGGAGAAGGAGCUCCAUCACAAGACGACACCAAGAAGGGUCCCUCCUCGCAUCGUGUGCAUGUUGCGCUAGCGACGAGUAGUACCACCUCCAACUUUGAGUUGAAGACGAGGAACUUGCAAGCGAUGUUUUCUGUCUUUGCACCCUAUCGGAGGGUGCUUGGCGAUGACGAGCGGGUGGCUUCAGGCAGAGGCAAACCCUUUCCAGACAUCUACCUCUUGGCACUGCGUCUAAUCAAUGGCGGCCUUUCAAAGGGAGAACGCCCCAUCAACCCCAUUGAAUGCCUCGUGUUCGAGGAUAGCAUCCCCGGGGUCGAGGCUGCGCGACGAGCCGGGAUGAGGGUGGUAUGGUGCCCUCAUCCCGAGCUUAAGGCAGCCUUCGAGGGAGCCGAGGGAGAGAUCCUGGCGGGCAGGAUGGGUGAGGCGGGCUGUGAGGAAGCCGGCCCGACUGGUAACUAUGGUGAUGGGAUGGCGGAAUAUCUGCCUAGCCUGGAGGAGUUUGAUUAUCAUAGAUACGGCAUCACUUUACCUGCAUGA